CUGCUGAAGCUGGAGGGGACACGGCUGGUGCUGGAGCUGGAGCAAAACUGGGAGCUGGUGCUGGGCGCCGGGGCGCUGCUCUACUACCUGCCCAACGGCACGCGGGUGACGCAAGAGGCCAGCAAGCAGGAGCACUGCUGCUACCGGGGGACAGUGCGGGGCUUCCCCGGCUCCUGGGCCAGCCUCUGCGCCUGCGCUGGACUCAGCGGCCACCUCCGGCUGUCAGAGACCAGGAGCUACGGGCUGGAGCCGGAUGCUAGCAGCUCCCCAGGGCGGCACAUCGCAUACCGGCUGCGGGAGGUCCGGCUGGCACCGCGGGCCUGCGGGCAGGACCCCCCGGACCCACGCCGGGCGGAGGCGGAGGAGACGGAGCCCCCUUGGCCGCAGAGGGGCAAGCGGGCGGUGGCAGAGCAGCGGUUCGUGGAGCUGGUGAUGGUGGUUGACCACGCUGCGUUCCAGAAUUACCCCGACAUGCAACGUGUUCACACCCGGACCCUGGAAAUCGCCAACCAGGUGGAUGCGUUCUUCCAGCCGCUGGGAGUGCGAGUGGUCUUGCUGGCGGUGGAGGUCUGGAGCGAGGGCGACAGGUUCGUGGUGGGCGGCAGUGCCCGGGCUGCGCUGGAGCGGUUCCUGCGCUGGCGCCGGGAGGAGCUGCUGCCCCGGCUGCCCCACGACAAUGCCCAGCUCCUCACAGGUGCCCGCUUUGACGAUGUCUCAGUGGGAAUGUCAGCUCAAGCCUCCAUGUGUUCCCCAGCGCGCUCCGGGGGGGUCAGCAUGGACCACUCGGUCAGCGUUCUCGUCGUCGCCUCCACUGUGGCCCAUCAGCUGGGGCACAACCUGGGCAUGCGCCACGACAGUGCCAGGCGCUUCUGCGACUGCAGUGACCUCCGGCAGGACCGCGGCUGCAUCAUGGCGUCGCCCACGGGGCUGACGCCCGGCUUGAGCUUCAGCAACUGCAGCCGGCAGGACCUGGAGCGCAGCCUGCGGCAGGGACAGGGCUGGUGCCUCUCCAACGUCCCUGAGCCCCGGCGCCUGGCCGGGAGCCCCCGCUGUGGAAACCGCUUCCUGGAGCCGGGCGAGGGCUGCGACUGUGGCCUCAGCGUGGAGUGCACGGAUCCCUGCUGCAACAGCAGCACCUGCCAGCUGGUGCCCGGGGCCGAGUGCGCCACAGGGGACUCUGACUGUACCCCCCCACAGCUGCACCGUGCCGGACACCCAUGCCGGGAGCCCCUGGGCGAGUGCGACCUGCCCGAGUUCUGUGACGGGGUCUCACCACACUGCCCGCCCGAUGCCUUCCUGCAGGAAGGGCAGCCCUGUGCCGGCGGGCGGGCGGGCCGCUCCGCAGGGGGGAGCGCCCUGCCCACCGCCCUGCUGCUGAGCGCGCUGCUCGGGCUGGCCCUGGUGCUGGGGCUCUGCUGCGCCCGUCGCACCGGACUGCACAAGCACCUCUGCCAGCUCGGCAAGGGGACCUCCUGCCAGUACAGGAUCUCGCAGCUGGAGCCCCGGAUCGGCAGCCAGGCACCCACCGCCCCCCCCGAGCCCCCCCGGCCCCCACAGUGGCGUCAGGCCACGGAGCUGCAGGUCAUGCACAGCAGCAAGCCGGCUGCUCUCGGCUCAGCCCGGCCCGACCCGCCCUCCCGGCCUCUCCCGCCGGACCCUCCUCCCAAGCCAGCAGAGCCCCCCGUGCCCCCUGCCCUGGCCAGCCGCGCCCCUGGAAGAUCCAUGUGGUGCAGGAGGCAUCGUGUGGGGCGGCCCCCCGCUGGGGUGUCAGCAGCCAUCAGCACCGGGGUGGUGAGGCGGGUGCCUGGGGCGAGGGGCUUUGUGCCCCGGCUGGCGUGGCUGGGCUUCCCCGGCCGCGGCGGCCGAGCCCAUUCAGCUCCAGUGGCCUGCGGCUAA